AUGACAAAAGAGUUGGCGACGAGGAUGGGAUCUUCGAACAUUAGUUUUGAAUCUUAUGAUGCGUCUGUGGAAGACUGGUCCAGUUAUGUGGAACGUUUAGAAUCUUACUUCGUUGUUAAUGGGAUCGAAGAUAAAAUGAAAGUCCCUGCUAUUUUAAGCCUUAUGGGAGCAACAACAUAUAAAUUGUUAAAGAAUCUGGCCACUCCGAACAUUCCUUCUGAAUUGACUUAUCAAGAUAUCGUAAAAUUACUUUCGGAACAUUUGAAUCCUAAACCACUGGAGAUGACAGAACGGUUUCGGUUCUACAAGAGGAAGCAAUUUGAAGAUACUGGUGCUGCUAUUAGUUGUAUGAAUGUGAAUGAAUUUAAGAAACUUUGUCCGGAUGUAGCCAUUAAGCCUACCAAAUUAUUGCUUAGGAAUUUCGAUAAUUCUAUGAUAACAGCAGCUGGCCAAGCAGUGGUGCAAAUUCAAUACAAAGAUCAAAUUAAUACAGAAACUAUUUAUUUGGUACAUGCAAAAUAUGAGAAAAUUUUUUCUCCGGGUAUCGGGAAACUGGAAAAGUUUUGUUGCCGUCUUCAAAUGAAACCUAAUUACAAACCGGUAUUUUUUAAACCUCGACCAGUACCAUUUGCUUUAAAAGAAAGAAUAGAAACUGAACUUAAGAGGUUAGUUGCAGAAGACAUCAUUGAGCCGGUGACAUAUAGUGAGUGGGCUACACCAAUUGUUCCUGUUAUCAAACAGAAUGGGAACCUACGAAUCUGUGGUGAUUAUAAGGUGACUAUCAACCCGGGACUAAAAAUUGAGCAAUAUCCUUUACCCCGUAUCGAGGACAUUUUUGCUGAACUGGCAGGAGGGGAGUUCUUUACUAAAAUCGACUUAUCUGAGGCAUACCUUCAAAUGUUAGUUGAUGAGCGGGACCGACAUCUAUUGACGAUCAAUACUCACAAGGGUUUGUUCCGUUACAAGAGAAUGAAUUAUGGUAUAGCCUUAGCUCCGGCAGUGUGGCAGAGAGCCAUUGAACAAGUUUUAUCAGGCAUCGCGGGGGUACACGUAUUUUUAGACGAUAUUACCGUAACGGGGAGAAAUGAUCAAGAGCAUUUUGAAAGGUUAGAAUUAGUACUACAGAGACUAGAAGAAUAUGGUCUCAGAGUAAAUAAGCGGAAAAGUGAAUUUUUUAAGAAAUCUGUGAAUUAUUGUGGUCAUACAAUUGAUAAAUUCGGCCUCCACAAAACACAAGACAAAAUCGAUGCAAUUACGAAGGUACCAGUUCCAAAAACUGUAUCUGAUUUGAAGAGUUUUUUGGGUUUAGUUAAUUACUACGGAAAAUUUAUUCCCAACUUAUCUACUCGUGUCGCUCCUUUCAAUAAUUUACUGCAGAAAGGUACUAAAUUUUUGUGGACUGCAGAAUGUGAAAAAGCUUUCAAGGCAUUGAAACAAGAAAUUGCUUCAGACCGAAUUUUAUGCCAUUAUGAUCCUAAGUUACCUCUUGUAUUACAAACUGAUGCAUCACCAGUUGGAAUAGGAGCAGUUUUAAGUCACAUUAUGCCAGAUGGUUCAGAAAAACCAGCAAUGUUUGCAUCAAGGUCAUUGACUAAAACGGAACGUAAUUAUUCGCAGAUAGACAAGGAAGCAUUGAGUAUCGUAUGGGGAGUAAAGAGAUUUUAUCAAUAUUUAUUUGGUCGACAUUUUGAUCUCGUAACCGAUCAUAAACCCCUAGUAUCAAUUUUCGCACCUAAUCGUAGUUUACCAUGUCUAUCAGCAACACGAAUGGUUCAUUAUGCACUUUUUCUCCAAGCAUUCAGUUAUACAAUCAAGUAUCGAAAUACAAAGAAUCAUGGCAAUGCCGAUGCACUUUCACGGUUACCACUAGCAGUUGACAAGGACUGUGAGUACUUGACUGAAGCAGACGUGACAAAUAUUUCGCAAGUUGAAUUAAUGCCUGUUACAGCAACUGACAUAGCUAGAGCUACUAAAACUGAUAGGAAAUUGUUCGAACUGUAUGAAAGUUUAAAAUCUGGAACUGAAUUACCUGUGCCUUGGAAAGGUAGAGAAUCUGAAUUUUCAUUGCAAAAUGGUUGCAUAAUGUACGGUCAUAGAGUAUGCAUUCCUGAAAAGUACCAGAAUCAAGUUUUGGAAGAACUUCAUGUUGGACAUCCUGGAAUUGUCAAAAUGAAGGCCUUAGCAAGAAGCUACUGCUAUUGGCAAGGUAUUGAUGCCAGUAUAGCCAAUUUUGUUAAGAACUGUUCAGCUUGUAUCGCAACGAGGAACGAACCAGCAAGGAUAAAUCGACAUCCGUGGGAAUGGCCAAAUGGACCUUGGCAAAGGAUACACGUUGACUACGCUGGUCCUUUUAUGGGUAAAAUGUUUUUUGUAGUCUCUGAUGCAUAUUCGAAGUGGAUAGAAGUCAUUCCGAUGAAAAAUAUUACAGCUAGUUUUACAAUUCAUCAUCUUCGUAUUCUUUUUGCUCAUUAUGGAAUUCCCUUAACUUUGGUUAGUGAUAACGGCGCAAGUUUUACUAGUUACGAAUUUCAACAUUUUUUGAAACUGAAUAAUAUUAAACAUAUAACUUCAGCACCUUACCAUCCUGCUUCGAACGGACAGGCAGAAAGAAUAGUGCAGUUGUUCAAAGCUUCGUUGAAAUCGAGUAGAGGUGAUUCUGGAGAUCUAAAUGUGAAAUUACAAAGAUUUUUAUUACAGUAUAGAAUAACUCCACAUUCCCUCACGGGAGAAACUCCGAGUGCAUUGUUUUUGAAGAGAUGUAUUCGCACUAGGCUUGAUCUUUUUAAACCAAAUUUGAGAGACAAAGUUGUUCAGAAACAGAGUUCGAGACUUGACACAGAAUCUAUCUUGCGUGAGUUUCAGGAAGGGGAGAAAGUAGCCGUAAGAAAUUAUUCCGGACCUAACAAAUGGAAAAUUGGAACAAUUAUAAACCGAGAUGGAACUUUGAGUUAUAGCAUACAAGUUGGAACUGAAAUUUGGAAGAGACACGUAGAUCAAAUAAGGAAAUGUGGGAAGUCGAUUGAAUUAUCCAAAGCUGCUACUGAAAUUCCAAUUUACGAUAAAGAAUUGAAUUUUCCAGAUGAGCCAGUAUCCGAUGAUGAUGUUGCUGAAUCGGAACCGCCUGCACCUGUACCUGAAGUUGUCCCUGAAACUAAGGAUGUACCUGUAUCUGCCACUCCAAUUGAUGAUAUGCCACCUAGCCCUGUACCAGACGCUUCCGGAAAGCCGAAAACUGAUGUGCCACUCCGACGCUCAAACCGAAUCAGGAGACCACCAGAGAGACUGGUCCUGUGA